AUGGCCGGCAGCAAUUCAACCAUGGAUGCUGAUGCGAUUGAGCGGCCCACUCCGGGAACCGUUCGUCUCAUUGACACGGACGGAACCAAACUUGCAAAGCACGCGGACGGAAAAGGCCAACAUGAUAUCAUUUUGGUCCCGCAUCCCAGUGAAGACCCUGAGGAUCCCCUCAACUGGUCCCGCAAGCGCAAGUUGCUCGCCACCAGCUGUGUGCUCAUGUAUACGAUCAUGAUCGCGAUCCCGUCCAGCGCUGUGUACUCGGUCGUAACACCUAUCCGUCUCCAUACCUCGCUCAGUUUGACCGACAUUAACAAUGGAACUGGUAUCAUGUUUCUCUUCUACGGCUGGGGCUGUGUACUUUGGCAAGCUGUUGCGCUUCAGUACGGAAAACGACCUACGUAUCUCUUCUCGCUCGUCACCAAUGUCAUCGUGUUGGCUUGUGCUCCCUUGUGCACCACCUCAGGCCCAUACCUCGCCAACCGAAUUCUACUAGGAUUCUUCGGUGCCCCCGUUGAGUCUCUUGCCGAAAUCUCCAUCACCGACAUCUGGUUCGCCCACCAGCGCCCUCAGUAUCUUGCCUGGUAUGGCUGGUCGCUGGCCCUCUGCGGCAAGCUGGCACCUAUGCUUUCCGGCUUCAUCAACGUCGGCAUGGGAUGGAAAUGGACACUCUGGUGGUGCGCCAUCUUCAACGCCAUUGCAUUCGUCUACUGCUUCUUCCUCAUGGAGGAGACCAACUACGACCGCAAGCACGAUGCGCACCCAAGAGCUGCUACCAACGUCCAGGCGGCUGAUGCUUCAUCUACGGAUAAGGGCGCCGAGUCGAAGGAGAAGACGGUCACUACCUCUGUUGCCGAUACGGAGCGAGGUGAAGUUCAGUGGGUCAAGAAGACGUACCUGCAGAAGCUUGGAAUCAAGGACAAGAAGCGGCCCAACCGUUUCCUCGAUAUCAUCAUUGCUCCUUUCAAGGGCUUCACCUAUCCUUCCGUGGUCUACGCUGGUCUCAUGUAUGGAGCCAACAACCUUGUCUGGACGGGCAUGCAAAACGCUACUAUUGGUACCAUCUACACAACUGAGUAUGGUUUCACCACGGCCGGUGUCGCAGGUGGUUAUGCCGGGGGUAUCCUAGGUACCAUCAUUGGAGGUCUUUACUGUGGCAAGAUUGGCAGCAUGCUUACCAUCAAGCUAGCUCGCCGCAACGGUGGAAUUUCCGAACCAGAGCACACCCUCUACCUCUUCACCCUUAGUUGCAUUCUUGUCCCCGCCAGCAUGAUCCUUUACGGCCUGGCCAUCACUUACCACCUCCACUGGUUCGCUCUGGCCUUUACCCAGUUUACCCUGGCCAUCAACUCGUCCUUGUCCGUUGCCGGUGCGCUCAACUACGCUAUUGGUAGCUAUCCCGAGCUGGCAGGCCAGAUGGUCACGACUUGUGUCAUCAUCCGAAACACCUUGUCCUUUGCCAUCAACUUUGGUAUCACCCCAUGGCUGAACGCUAGCGGCUACCUCGUCGUGUACUGCGUCGUGGCGGGAAUCGCUCUGGUGUGGAACGCCUCGAUCUUCGUCAUGACCCGGUUUGGACGCUCCAUGCGAGAGAAGACUGCGGCCAAGUACUGGCGGGAGGUCGACCGGGCCAGAGCCAAGGGUCUCGGACAUUAA